AUUUUUUUCUAUAUAGGAUACUGGCCGACUGAUUUACGGUGUUGCACCAGGUUUGAGCUUAGGGGUGAAGCAAUGUGAUGUGAUUUUUUUGUGUUUACUGUUUUCUAGCAUUUUGAUCAUGUCUAGUUUUAGCAGAUCUGCUCAGCAAUGGGCUACCUUUGCAAGAUCGUGGUAUUUAAUAGAUGCAAGAAUGCAGCCUCCAGGAAAGAUUGCAACCAUGUGCUCUGUCAGACUGCAGGGGAAACACAAGCCUAUCUAUCACGCAUUGAGUGACUGUGGCGACCAUGUGGUCGUCAUGAACACAAGACACAUUGCCUUUUCCGGGAACAAGUGGGAGCAGAAGGUCUACUCGUCUCACACGGGAUACCCAGGUGGAUUCAAGCAAGUCACGGCAGUCCAGCUUCAUCAGAAAGACCCCAGGGCGAUCAUCAAGCUGGCCGUCUACGGGAUGCUUCCCCGAAACCUACUGAGGAGAACCAUGAUGCAGAGGCUGCACCUCUUCCCAGACGACGAUCUCCCAGAGGACAUCCUGAAGAACCUGACGGAAGAGCUACCGCAGCCCAGGCAGAUCCCGCGGAAGCUGAGCGAGUACACGCAGGACGAGCGCGACGCCUUCCCCAGGAUUUGGGUCCCGCCUGAAGAUUUCAGGAUGAAAUGAUUUGUCCAGCUGACAGCGGGGACCACCACCGGGCCGCUGCAUGUGGAUGCUGCGCCCGGGGGGGUGGGCUCUGCCCAUACUCACGAUUCCCCCAGGACUGCUUCCAGCCGCGAGAACGUUACACGGCUCCCGAUAAUGUCUCGCCGUCGCAGCUGCAGCUGAGCUCCGCCGUUCAUUUUUUCGCCUGUAGCCAUCCGGCUAAAACAGCAAGAGAUGGACUGACCUGCGGUCGCAUAUUUCAUCUGCCUGAUUUUCAAAGUGUAUUAAAGUUCCCAUUUUUGGCCCUU